UUAUUAACAUGCAUACACAUAAUAUCGAAGUCUAUUUAAUGCAUCGAUAAGAUCAAUCGAUAUAUUUUAUCACAGCCAAGUUAACAUUGAAAAGAGUGACAUUAAAUUGUGCUUACAAAAAUAAAUUUCUGAGGGAAAAAGUAAAGAAAUCUAGUAACGAAUAUGAAUAGAAGCGCACUCUCUUCAGUCCCCUUCGACCGUAACUUGGGCGACAUAUUGUUGGCUCUUGAUUUGAACAGUCUCUUCAUGAACGAGCUCUACUCGGACGUAGCGUUUAUUGUGGAGGAUCAGCGCCUGCCGGCGCACCGCAUGAUUCUAAUAUGUCGCAGUCAGUACUUCCGUGAACUGCUCUCCGGUGGCAUGUGCGAGUCAGAUGAUCAGAUUCGGCUGGAGGCGCCGCUGGAGGCAUUCAAAGUAAUCCUGCGCUUCCUUUACACUGGCACUCUGCCACUAUCCACACUGGAGGUGGAUGAAAUCUUCAAAGUGCUCGGUUUGGCCAAUAUGUAUGGCUUGGUGGAAGUCGAGGUGAACAUAGACAGUCACCUGCAGAAGAAUCUGGCCGUCAGCAACGUCUGCACAAUACUGGAUACUGCGCGCGUAUUCAAUCUUGUAGAGCUGGCCACGAAAUGCCUCGAUUUCAUGUGCAAGAAAGGUUACUUACUGCUAGAGCACGACUCCUUCCAAACGCUGUCCAAGGAAUUGCUGGAGGAAGUCCUGCAACGGGACAAUUUCCUUGCCUACGAAGGAAAUAUCUUUGAAGCGGUGUGCAAAUGGAGUCGCCACAAUCCUUGCGUGGACAUCAAGUCGGUGAUCUCGCUCGUUCGUCUCCCUCUGAUUUCUGUCCGCGACCUGAUGCGUGUGGUGCGUCCCUCUGGUAUCUUCGACCCGGAGACAAUACUCGAAGCCAUCGAUAAAGCUCUCAGUCCGUUGGAUCUGGAAUUCCGUACCGGGGUUUGUCCAGGCCUAGCCCUGGCCUCAAACGAUUGGCAGACUUGUUGCAUGGUCAACAAUAAUGAGACCGUAAUCAAGAUGCCGUUCUGGUGCAUAAUCAAUAACAUUUUAGUCGAAAGUACUCAAAAAAACAUCACGCUCAACUGCACCGUGGAGAUCUCUUGUGACAUGACCAACUGGAAUGGCGUGGGAAAUAUCAAACUUACAGCCUCCGAGCCCCGGCAGGAUAUCCGUUUCAGGAGCCGCCGUGUGCGUUUCAUUCGCAUUGUGCAUCCAAUAAGUGGACGCAAGGACGUCUUAAAUGAAGUGGUGCUCAAAGCCAUUAAAAACACCAAUAUUACAAUAUAACAAUAUUCCCUAGACGAUCGAUCGACUUGGAGACUGUUCGAAGUAGCUAACGGCUUGUUCCUUUUCUUUUCUUUUCUUUUCUUAUUUCUUUGAAUGAAUUAUUUGUAUUUUAACUAAAUUUAAUGGAUUAAAUUCUUAUUGCUACUUAUACAGCUUUUUU